CGAAGAAGACGAAGCGCAUGCGCAGUCGGUGUUCUUGCCAGUAAGUCAAGAUGGCGGAUCUACUAGGUUCAAUUUUAAACGCGAUGGAAAAGCCUCCAACAGUCGGCGACCAAGAAAGCCGGCGAAAGGCUCGAGAGCAAGCAGCAAGGUUCAAGAAGAUGGAGGAAGAAGAGAAAAGAAAGAAAGUCGCAUUCAGGAAAAAGAUGGAGAAAGAAGUGUCAGAUUUCAUCCAAGACAGUACACAACAGAAGCGCAAAUACAGCCCCAUGGGGAAGAUUGAGAGGAGUAUAUUGCAUGAUGUCGCUGAAGUGGCAGGUCUGACUUCUUUCUCUUUUGGGGAGGACGAAGAGAGCCGUUACGUCAUGUUGUUCAAAAAGGAGUUUGCACCGUCUGAUGAGGAGUUGGAGGCUUAUCGCAAAGGAGAGGAGUGGGAUCCGCAGUUGGCGGAGCAGCGCCGCAGGCUAAAAGAGCAGGCGGCGUUGGAAGAAGAAGCAUCCCGGCAGUCGAACCAGACUGAGGAAUGUCCCAACUCCAACUACAGAGACAAGUACAGUCACUUGUUCAGCACCUCAGCAGCCAAAGAUGCAGCCCACACACUAGAAGCCAACCGAGCGUACGGUUGUGUCCCGGUGGCCAACAAGAGGGACACUCGCUCCAUAGAAGAAGCCAUGAAUGCCAUCAGAGCAAAGAAGCGAGUGAAGCUAGACGACGACUCAGGCGCUCCAGUGACGUGUGGUCAGGGUCAUGAUGAAAAAUACAAAAUUAAAAAAGAAUAAUAACAUAAAAUAAAUAUUAAUAUUUGUCAACUGAACUGUAUUAUAAAUGGAUUUUCUGUGUGAUUCCAAUUGUUUUUAACAUUUUCUUAAAAGUCAUUGAAUUUGCAGAUUUCCUGGUCAAAUACAGGGAAGAAACCUAAGUUGAAGCCUCCAUAAGUGUGGCUUCUCUGCUUUUUAGAGCUUCAAAAAGGAGAAAUGGGAGUGCGACAAAUCAAAUUUGAGUAAGCAAUUUAUUGGAAACAAGCAUUAAAGUGAAAUGGGCUGUUCAUCGGCUGAUCAAAAAUUUAAGGCCCAUCCAUCCAUCCAUCCAUCGUAAAAUGUUCAAAAAAAGGACUCAGUAAUGAGUAACUGCACCAUCCUAGUUAAUCACAUCAAAAAUUGGCUUGGGCUUGCUUGAUGCCAGUGUUUCCAGUAGGCUAGUGGGAAUGUUGCUCCGGGUGGUGAAGAUGGCUUCACAGAGGGCAUCUACUGUCUGGAACAGAUCCAUUAUUGUUAACUUCUUUUGCCAUCCAUCCCCAAAUGUUAUCAAUUGGAUUUAGAUCAGGGGAAUGUGCAGGAUGGAAGUGUGAGGUUAUUCCUCUGCUAAAAGUCCUUUGUCAGGCGGGCGUUGUGAACUGCAGCGUUGGUCUGUUGAAGACCCCAGUCAUUACCACACAGACGAGGUUCUUCAAUUAUGAGGGAUGCCCCCUGCAACAUCUCCACAUAGCCACAUCUGCCGUUUGAUGCCCCUGCACAACCUGAAGUUCUAUUGAAGGAAAAAACACCCCAGAUCAUUAUGGCGUCUCUCCAGUGGGCGGCGUGGAAAACAUCUCUGGUGGGAUCUUCUUGUCAUGCCUGGAACAGUGGAAGCCAUCAGGCCUGUCAAUGUUACCUCUCAGUGUCCCAUGUUUGGGAGAUCUUGGGCAAAUUCCAAACUGGCAAUUUUGUCACGCUGAAGGAGACGAAGCCUUCGAAGCCUUUUUUUUUUUUUUUUUUUUUCUUAGCCUUCUCCCGCAGAUGGUUAUUGGAAUGCACUCGGCAACAGUAACAACCUUCAUUUGGGCCAAGAAUCGGCCCUUGGCUUGACGGACAUCCAAUCGGCUCAUCUGGCUCAGGGCCUGUGACUGUUUUGUUGGAUCUACCAUUUCACUAUUUUGUUCAUGAAGAACUCAGAAAGAAGUUUAAAAUGACUGUCUUACUGCGUCCAACCUCAGCAGCAUUGAGACGCACUGUGAGAGGACUUGCUUAUGCAGCUCAACAGUCUGACCGUGUUCAAAGAGAGAAAGCUUUUUUCCCUUGCCAUCAAGAGAUCAUGACAGUGUGAAUACCUGACAGAAAAUGACAUUGAAUCCACAUUAAGGCUGUGGUCUGAAACUUUUGAGCAGCUAAUGAACAGCUUAUUUUCACUUUUUAAUGCUUGUUUGCAAAAAAUUGCUUGACAUACUUUUUUGUUUCACUCCCAUUUCUUCUUUUGUAUUUUAUUUUUAAAUGCUGCUUAGAACCUCCUGAAGAUCCAACACUGCAAAAUGUAAAAUCUUUCCAUUUUUCAACUGGUCUUAAAAUUUUGAUCAGGAGUGUACCUUUUUGAAUCUGUGAAUUUUAAAAACCACGGACAUUUUUUUUCCUUGUUUUGUCGAUGAGCGACUGUUUCUCCCUGUUGUCAUGUCAUAAAUGCAUGCGACGACUAGAUGGAUUGCUGUGAUGGAUGAAUUUUAUUGGUUUUUGUUUGUUUGCUAUUCUCUCAGAGAAGAGUUUGUUGGGGAUAUUAUGAAAACAUGUCUGUGCUGUUGUAUCCCAUGUGUAAUUAAA